AUGCAGAUAAAUCAAGGGAUUAUUCAACAAACGUUGGUAUUAUAUUUUCUUCUGAGUUAUAAUUAUGUGGUUCAAGGAGAAAUAAAAUUAUCCGAAGUAGAGGAUCAAGAGUUAGAAAGUCAACUUAAACUUUUGAACAAACCUGCAAUCAAAACAAUUAAGACCAUGUAUGGAGAUAUAUAUGAUUGUAUCGAUUUUUACAAGCAACCUGCAUUUGAUCAUCCAUUGUUGAAGAACCACAAUUUUCAUCCAAAGAUGAAGCCUACGUUAUCUAGGAUAAAGCAAACUUUAGGUACCUCAAAGUCUAAAGAAGCAUCGACGAUAUGGCUAAAUGAUGGUGGUUGUCCUUUUGGAUCAGUGCCUAUUAAAAGAAUUACAAAAGAUGAUCUUAUCAGACAAAAACAUAUGCCACCACCAGAAGAUCUCGCAUUUCAUACCCAAUUUUUUGAGACUAGGAAUCACAGUGCAUUGAAAAAAAGAUUCUUAUCUACACAAGGAUACAGGGUUGCAAUAGUUUCAACUCGUACUGAUUUGGAUUACAAGUUCGGAGGAGCUGGAAUGUCAGCUACUUUAUGGAAUCCUUAUGUUAAAGGUCAACAACAUAGUGGAUGUCGAUUGAAAGUUCAAAAAUUAUCGGACAUUAUACAAAUUGGUUGGAGAGUGGAUCCAACAUUAUAUGGCGAUACCCUAACUAGGAUGUUUAUACAUUUUCAGGCUGAUAAUAUAGGUUGCUUUAAUACACUAUGUCCUGGAUUUGUACUGGUAGACACCGAGAUAGGCGUUGGAGCGCCAUUUAGUAAUGUUUCACACCGUGGAGAUAUUCAUAACUUAUGGGAAUAUCCAAUGUACCUCGAUCGGGAUCUAGUGAACGGAAAUUGGUGGGUUUUGGUUCAAGAAACGCAUAGAGAAGUUGGCUUUUGGCCUCAAAACAUCUUCACUCAGUUAGCAAGCUUUGCUACACACAUUGAAUGGGGAGGAGUGGCUUAUAGCCCACCAGACAUACCUGAACCACCAAUGGGCUCCAGUUUUUUCCCCACUAAUAUGAAGGGGUAUGAUGGUUCGUGCAAUGGAAUUACAGCAUUAAACUAUAAAGGUGAGACGAUAGAGGUAAAUACGAUUCCACACACCGAUAAUCCCGAUUUUUAUAGGGUUUACGAUAUUCCACCAAGGGGAACAAAUAGAAAAUAUAAGCACACCGUUUUGUAUGGGGGACCUGGUGAGAGAACUUAA